AUGCCGCCGUCAGCGGCGAAGAUCUCGGAGCUGCCCUUCCACCUACAGAGCUCGCCGUUCGGGGCGCCGCUGCGAACGCGCUCCACUCUGCCCUUCGCUCUCCUCCGCUCCCGCUUCCGCUUCCUCUUCUGUCCCUCGGGCUCCCUUCGUGUUGCCGAGCAGGGCGGUGGCGGCGGCAGCGGUGGGCGGCCCGACGCUCGCCGGAAAGCCGGCCCCCGCACCCGCCGAUACCCCUGGGACGAAGAUUACUCGGAGUCGGCGGGCGGCACCAGCGAGGGGACCGAGUCCCGCCACCACAGGCCGUCGCGCGUCCCUCAGGCGCCGUGGCUGCAGCGGUGGAGCGAUCCGAGUCCGCCGGCGGCGGAGUCGCAGCCACAUUUGGGGAGGAAGAAGAAGGAGGAUGGAGAAGGUGGUGGUGGCGGCUACAUCGACAGGUCUGAUGGCGGAAGAGGCUCCAUCGAGAGGAUAGUGUAUCGGCUCCGUAAUCUUGGGCUGGAUAAGGAGAAGGAUGAGGAAGACGGCGACGAGGAUUCGGAUUUCGAGAUGGAUGACGACAUGCGGCUCGGAGACCUGCUAGAGCGAAGCUGGAACCGUCCGGAUUCGCUGGUCCUUGGAGAAGAUGCCACCGUCCUGCCAUGGGAGAGGGGGGGAACCGACGGGCUCGAAUUCGCAGACGAUGGGGCGAGGACGCCGGAGAAGAGAGUAAGGGCGCCGACGAUGGCGGAAUUGACCAUCGAGGAUUCAGAGCUGAGGAGGCUGCGGCGUCUUGGGAUCCCACUGAGGGAGAGGAUCACAAUCCCCAAGGCCGGCGUCACCCAGGCGGUCCUCGAGAAGAUCCACGAUGCCUGGCGGAAGUCAGAACUGGUGCGGCUCAAGUUUCACGAGACCUUAGCGCAUGACAUGAAGACUGCUCAUGAGAUCGUCGAGGUUAGUAAAUGUGCUGACUUUCUCCAACCACACAGGACACUUUAGUGGUUGAUAAGCUUCUUGAUGUUAGCAAAGUCGCAAAGGUCAAUGAUAAAUCAAAUCAUAUUGCCAUUCGAUAUGCAACUCGAAUUAUAUUUCUGAUAAUGUAUUUGCAUAUUCUUAAAGGACACAUGUUUGGAGGUGAUUCUGCUUUAUUUUUUAUAUAACAGAGUCGAAAAGAGGGUGAGACCAUUGUUUCCAAGGAGAUAGAGCAUGAGUAUGUUAUUUUGGUUAAUAUGUCCUGAACCAUCUUGGUUGAGUGACUGGGACGUGAUUUUUUUUUUCAGAUAGUUAAUUUGUAACACAUAUGCACUUUUCUUUGCGCUCUUUUUAUUAUUUAAUGAUCCACUUUUAAGAACUAAGUCAUAAUUUUCUUGGAUUCUUUCAUGUUAUUUCUAUAAUGGCAUUUUUUGAUUGGCUAUUAGCUGGAGAAUAGAAAGUGAUGAUCUUUUCAGUGAAAAGUGGUACAUGGAAUCUUCCCAGGACCCAAGAUACAAUGGUAAUCAGUGACAAACAUUGGCAUAUAGAUGAUAAAUAGCAACUUUGCUUGGAGAAACAGGAUAGCUGCAACAUAUGUGCUGGAAGAUCGGUUUUCUAGGUUUUGAUGUCUAUAGUUCCCUGAAUGUCUGGUAGAUUUCUGUGUAAGCUCCUUCCCCCUUGGCAGGGACCAAUUCUUACUUCUAGUUCGAAUGCAUAAACAGAUAAGAAAAGAUUGUCUGGUUCAGUGCAUGUCGAGGCUGCCAAUCUAUUGGCAUGCAUCGUGCACAUAUGGAGAUCCUCGAGGUUAGGUCUAUGCUGUCAGUGUUCUUCUUGUCAUAGUAUGUAUACAGCAUCGCUAUUGCUUUGAAACUUGUAAUCAUCACUGUGAUCAAGGGUUGUUCUGUCAAUUUCGGGUUGGGUAGGAUUUGGUGGUUCAAAUCUCAUAACUGGAUUUGGGUUUAAUUGUCAAUCAGUCAUCCAACACUAUUUUUUAAAAGUGUACAUCUGUCAACACACAACUGGUAUGCAUGGUGACCCAUGGGACCUCAUUUGAGUAAUCGUUAGGUUUCUGUUCAUUUCUAUUUGUCAGGUAGAAAAAAAUACAAUGUCACCUAAAUAUGCUUAACGUAAUGUGUCAAGGAAGCCUCUGUUGUUUGAUACCUUCAGACAUGAAAAAUUGGACAAGAUAAAAUUAAAGUGAGACGAAAAGAUUGAUGAAUGUUAUUUGAUGCAUUCAAACAUAGGAGGGCAGAAGUAGAAGAAGUCUAAUAAGAGAGAUGACAUUUAAAAACUUGUCACCUCCGAAUUGCAUGAGUUUUUUCGGUUUUUUCACUUUAUCCUUGUAACGUCUCUGUUUCAUAUGCCAUGUCCUUCUCUUAACCCUUCUAACAUAGAUAUAAUCCAUUCUCUUUUUCAAUUUUUCUUUGGUGUCUAUUUAGCUGUUCUGCUCUGAAACAGAAUCAUCAAAAUCGAUAGGAACAUAUUUCAGCAGAAAAAAGUUAUAUUUCAUCUGAAAAAAACCAUGAUUCAGCUUAAAAUAUAUGCAUGCGUGUUUGUCAUGCCGUUUGAUCUCCAUUUGUUGGGAAUUUUGUUCUACUUUAUUUCAUUCACAUUUAGGUGAUCUCUAGUAUAUUGAAUUACAUUUUCUGGUGGACUUGAACCGCUGACAGUUGUGUAAUGACGAUUGGUCGUUAUUAUAUUGCAAUGCCGUUCACUUAUGACAUUUUGUCUGAAUCAGCGCCGAACGGGAGGCUUGGUUAUAUGGAGAUCAGGAAGUGUUAUGGUUGUAUAUCGUGGCAGCUCCUACAAACGGCCGCCAAGAUCAAAGUUGAUCUAUGGUCAGAGCAACCCCAUGGAAGUAUCGGAGGGGGUGGACUCUUUGCUUGUUCCUGACGUUUCAUCUUCCACGAAGUCAUCUGUUAUUGAUGGCACUUCCUCAGUUUCAUCGCCAUCAGAAAUGAGUGAACAAUCUUAUCUGAACGAUGCUGAAACUAUGACAGAGGAAGAACAGGAAUGCAAUCAGUUACUUAAUGAAUUAGGUCCUCGCUUUGUCGAUUGGUGGGGAACUGGAAUCUUGCCUGUCGAUGCUGAUCUGCUGCCACAAAAUAUUCCUGGUUACAAACCACCGUUUAGACUUCUUCCGACUGGAAUGAGGUCACGGCUCACAAAUGCAGAGAUGACCAACUUGAGAAAGCUAGCUAGGACACUUCCAAGUCAUUUUGCCCUUGGUAUGUAACUGACCACAUUUUUUUUGUCUUAUAUUAUCAGUAUUUUUUUGAGUUGAGAUAACGAUAGUUUCUCAUCUGUGAAGGGAGGAACAGGAAUCAUCAAGGGUUGGCAGCUGCUAUUGUGAAACUAUGGGAAAACAGUGUGAUUGUUAAAAUUGCUGUGAAACGGGGUAUUCAGAAUACAAACAAUAAAAUAAUGGCCGAGGAGCUGAAAGUGCGUGUACCUCUCUUUGAUUCCAGAAUUAUAAAAUUUAUUCCUGUUAAUUUUUUGCAUCAUGAGUGUCAAGUAAUGAUUUUUGUUUCUGUCUAAGGCUCUCCGUACCAAAGGAUAGAUCAUUAUUCCCAGUCUUUGAGCAGUUUUGCUGGUUUUGUUUUCUUUCAAGGUUUGGUUACGUUGGUCUUCUCAAUCUUUCUCUACAGAUCAUUGUUUCUCUUUGGUUUCAUUUAUUUUCCUUUCCGUUCGUUUUUAUGAUUUUGUUUAUAUUUUUCCUGUUUUAUUUCUUUCUUCAGCACCCUAAGCCAUCAACUGCUGUACCCAUUUCAAUGACUUGGCAAGGGCUCUUUGGGAAAAUCUUCAAAUAAGAACAUGGCACAACAUGAUUUAGAAUGUUAUCUUUCUUUGGUAUUUGGUUUUCAUUUCUGGUCACAUGGUUCCUGAUUGCAGUACCUACGACCUGUCUGUAUCCAUUAUCUUUUAACUCGGUCUGAACUUUUUCUAUGAUUUCAGUAUACUUACCGUUUUAUAUUUUAUUCAUUAGAAACAUGAAUAGAAAAGUGUGGGAAGUGGUAUAGUAUUAACAGUGAGCUAGGUAGUUAAGUACCUAUCAAAAAUAUGGUGGACCUGUUGAUGAUGGUGCUGAGGUGCAUAUCAUUUAUGACCUUGAAGGACAAAAGAGGGCAUAAAUAUCUGGAACCGUAAUGUUUUGUUGAUGAAAUUGAAAUGAGAGAACAAUAAUUUAGGUGGUUGGACCAUUGUUAAGCAUGCAUCUGUAAAAAAUGUAGAGACGUGCUCCUGUUUGUUUUUAAAGAUCUUGAAAGAGAGAGGAGACAUUAUAAGUUGGUAAUAGUGAUAAGAACAUAUUUCAAGGGUUUGUAAGCAUCAAAAAUUGUUUGUUGACUAUUAUCUUGGAUUAUUAUUUAGUCUUUGGAGUAAUGUUUCUUGACUGUUAACUAAGUGAUAGCGUGUGCUUUUAGCCGGGCGUGCUUCCUUGGAUUGUAUUUGAACGUUUAACUUUGGCAUUUGAAUUCUCCUAUUUGUUCUCGUUUAAUAUGUUUUGCGAUCCCCUUUGUACAUUGGUUUCCAUUAUGCUGAUUGACAAUAUCCAUGUAGCUUUUUUUGAUUUACUGCUUACAUUCUUCAUCCGAAAACUUUUGAUGACCGUGUUUGAUGAUUCUUCAAUUAUUUUCUUAUCCUUAUUUUUUCAGAAUUUAACGGGUGGGGUGUUGCUUCUCCGAAACAAGUAUUAUAUUGUCAUAUAUCGCGGAAAGGAUUUUCUUCCUACAAGUGUUGCGGCUGCAUUGGCAGAACGACAAGAGCUGGCCAAAGAUAUCCAAGAUCUUGAAGAAAAAGUGCGCACGAAAGAUUUUGAUUCCUCAGAUGUUGGAACCAAUUUGAAAAUUGAGGAGGAAUCGACAAAGGAAAUAGAACAUGCCAAAGAAGAGUCUGGUUGCAGUCUACACGGGGAAUCCCAUAUGGAACGUGUCAAUGGACAUGCGCUUGCAGGUACCCUGGCCGAAUUUCAGCAGGCUCAAGCACAGUGGGGAAGAGAAGUAUCUGUUGAGGAGCAGGAACAAAUGAAAGAAGAAGCUUUUAGGAUGAAGAUUGCCAAGAUGGUCAAGAGGCUGGAGCAUAAACUCUCUUUGGUAAGUAAGCUUCGUAUAUUCUGUCUGAUCAGACAGGGUUUACUGCCAUUAGGUCAUCUUGGCCUCUUGUUCGGAUUAAAUUCGUCAUCCGACUUGGAAAAGCCAUAGAAACCCAACAUUUUGUGCCUUGGUUUCGUUCUUUGCCUGCUUUUCUGUUUGAAAUAUUACUCAUAGCUCAAUUUAUGGAGCAGGCUGAGGCCAAGAAACUAAGAGCGGAGAAAUUGCUGUCAAAGAUAGAAUUAUCUAUGGUUCCACUUAGACCCUCUGAUGACUUGGAGACAAUAAGUGAAGAGGAGCGGUCUGUGUUUCGAAGGAUAGGCUUACGAAUGAAGGCAUACUUACCUCUUGGUAUAUUUCUUGGUAGACAAGAACCUUGUUUUCUUAACAUUUCUGGUGUAAACUUAUCUCUCUGCAUUUUCUUUUCCAAUGCAGGCAUUCGUGGUGUUUUUGAUGGUGUUAUUGAAAACAUGCACUUGCAUUGGAAGCACAGAGAACUGGUGAAACUAAUCUCCAAGCAGAAGACACUCGCAUUUGUGGAGGACUCAGCUCGGCUGUUGGAAUACGAAAGUGGUGGAAUAUUGGUGGCAAUUGAAAGAGUUCCAAAAGGCUAUGCCCUUAUCUACUAUCGUGGGAAAAAUUAUCAACGACCUAUAAAUUUGAGACCUAGAAAUCUAUUGACAAAGGCCAAGGCAUUAAAACGUUCAGUUGCAAUGCAGCGGCAUGAGGUUUGUGACUUUUGCCUUCUCUACUCUUUCAAAAUUUGAUCAGUUAUGCAUGAAUUUCUUUUGAUUAUGAUGAAUGUUGCAGGCGCUAUCACAGCACAUUUGUGAACUUGAGAGAUCCAUUGAGCAGAUUAUGUCUGAGCUAGUAAGUGUUUGUCGUGGGCCUUUUUAUAUUCCAUUUUUGUUGGAUGUUUCUUGUGCAUUUUCUAGAAUUUACUGCCAAUGCAGGAGAACAUCUGAGGAAGUAUACUAUUAAUUUAGUGAAUCUAUCAUUAGCUGGGACGUCAUAUUGAAAUUUGAAGUCAUUUCUUGCUGUUUAUUCUUAUCUCUCAAUGUUUUUGAUGCCACGACUCUCCUUCGAGAGAAAGGGAAAAUCGUUGUCGAUAGCACUAACCUGGGUUUUAUAAAAUCACUUAGUGUUCUUAGACUUCUACUUUAAGAUGGAACCUUAAAAUGCGGAACAUAUCCAUACGACAAGUAAUUAUCCAAACUCAACGUAGUAUUCUGAAAAGAAAAGCCAUUUUGACACUGAAGGUGAAACCUGCAGAUGAGAUCAAACGGAAUGUGCAAUAUUGUUAGCUACAAUGCCCUUCCAAUGGAAUUUAAUCUUCAAUGAUUCUACAAAUAUUCAGUGACCAAAAUGAUUGCUAAUGAGAAGAACAAGUUGGACUCAGUGUUAGACAGAUUUCGAAACUGAGUUGGAUUAGAGUUGGCUGACUUGUGGCAGUAUCAAACGAGCAUGCUUGUGACAUUCUGAGUUUUAGUCAAAAAAAGGCUGAUGAAACAAAGGUGCCUUUUGUAAAGGAUUUAUCGGAACAGAAUUGCAGUAGUGGGAAGUACUUGAUCUUAAGCAGUUCACUGAAGGAUUUGCUGAGCAUGAGCAGGGCUUUUAUCGGAGAAUAAACUUGAGUGGAGAGAAAAUUUCAGGCAUUCAUUUUGGUAGAUAUAUUGUGAAUUUUUUUCGGGUGCCUGAACAUUAUCAGGUGACCUAGAGCAGGUUGUUUCAAUAGCCAAGGUGGGUCACUUGAUGCAGAUUAAGAUGAAAUUGGAUAACAUGUUGAAGUGUGUGGUAGGACAAUUGUCGGAGCAUUUUUUCUUUCUGGUGCCAUAUUUUCUCAUGUAUUUGUUUUCCCCAUUAAUGACAUCAGUAUUAAUGACUACUUUUUUCCUGUUAAUAUUUUUUUCAUUUUAUUGUAAAUUAUUGCUGUCUCAUUGGAAUCGUAUGUUCAGGGUGACUCUAAGGAUGUAGAGGUUGAAAAACAUAAACACAAGAAAAUAAUUCAUCGUGGAGGUGACUCCAACUUAGAUCAAGUAAGAUGCUCUUUUUUGGCACUAUUUGAGAGGAGUGAUCAAACAUUGCAGAUAACUUCUUUUAUUAUUCUCAGGAUGUGGAUUUUGAUUCACUGGCUGAAUCUGAUGAUGAUGAUGAUGAUGAUGAAGAGUGGGAUGAUGAAGAUGACCUUUAUGACCCAGAAGAAGAUGAUAAUUAG